CAAUAGGAUAUGAAUCGGUUUCUCCCUCAGCAAUUGGAUAUGAUCUCUCAGCUAUAGGAUAUGAAUCGGUUUCUCCCUCAGCAAUUGGAUAUGAUCUCUCAGCAAUUGGAUAUCCCUCAGCAAUUGGAUAUGAUUUCUUGACAACGGGAACGGCAUUGAUUAUAGAAGAU